UAAAACAGAACAGCAUUCGGACAUAUUUAUCUAGGAGACGAGGUAGCAGACAGAGAGAGAGAGAGAGAGAGAGAGAGAGAUAUCUGAGGAUGUCGUGGGUGUGGGUGCAAGCAACACUGCCUCUUGGAAUCAUAGGCGGAAUGCUCUGUGCUAUGGGACAUAUUCAGUAUAACAUUCACAAAUUCACUUAUGGCCGCCCAAAGCACGUCUGCGGCGACUUGUGGGAUACGGCUAUGGAACGGAGGGACAAGAAGGUCAUCGAGAAAUUCACUGCUGCUUCUCAUAAUUAGCUUAACAAACCCCACUAAUUCAAGCUUUCCCUCCCUUUCUGGAAGAUUUGCCCGUGAACUGUUGAAGAAAGGAAUAAAUUGCCAGCAAUGCUCGAGAGCAAGUUUGAUGUUAUUUCCGUUGUCUUUGUAUAUGAACUUGCAUAAAAUUUGAACUGUCCUGGGAAAAAUACAAUCUGUUUCUCCAGUGAAUUUACUUAUUAUGUGGACUAUAAAUUUGGUUUAUUAGCUCUGUUGUA